UGGCAGCCCUCAAUCCGCACUCCUGUGGAAGACGACGACCAUGGACUGGAGUAGUGUCCUUCACCGUGUUACCAACUUUUAGCUUUUAGUUUCCAUACGGGCAAGUGGAGUGAGGUGGGGGAGCUGCUCUGAGCUGUAAUGGGAGAGAUAGAGGGUUCGUACCGGGCCCUGCAGACCCCUGGCACAAGGCUGGGGGCCCAGUUCAGUGCUGGUAUCAGCACUUUGGAGUCGGGCCAGACCCUCAGUGCCAACACGGUUAGCGGUGGCAGCAGCAAUGGGCGAGGACUACAAAUCCGUGUGCAGGGGCUGGACGACUCCCAGGAGUUCUUUUACACAGACCCAAAGGCUCUUGGACAGGCGCUGCUCUCCGAUGUUUUCCACAGAGGGAACCUCAUAGAGAGUGAUUACUUUGGCCUGGAGUUUCAGAACAUGCAAAUGAACUGGGUUUGGCUCGAACCCACAAAACCCAUUGUGAAACAAGUCAGGAGACCAGCAAAUACGUUCUUUAGACUGUCGGUGAAGUUCUUUCCUCCAGACCCCGGUCAGCUGCAUGAGGAGUACACAAGGUACUUAUUCUCGCUGCAGAUAAAAAGAGAUCUGAUGGAGGGCAGGUUGAUCUGCACAGAAAAUACUGGAGCCCUGCUGGCCUCUCACGUUGUCCAGUCGGAGAUUGGUGACUAUGACGACGUAGCAGACAGGGACUUCUUGAGGAUGAACAAGCUGUUGCCUUACCAAGAGAAGGUGCAAGAGAGGAUCAUGGAGCUCCACCACAGACACCUGGGCCAGACUCCCGCUGAAUCAGAUUUCCAAAUCCUGGAGAUUGCACGUAAACUGGAGAUGUAUGGUGUCCGCUUCCACCCAGCAGCUGACAGAGAGGGCACCAACAUUAACCUGGCUGUCGCUCACAUGGGCCUUCAGGUUUUCCAGAGCAACACAAAAAUAAAUACCUUCAAUUGGUCCAAGAUUCGCAAACUUAGCUUCAAGAGAAAACGGUUCCUGAUCAAACUCCACCCUGAGGUUCACGGCCCCCAUCAGGAUACUCUUGAGUUUCUGAUGGCCAGUCGAGACCAGUGUAAAAUCUUUUGGAAGAUCUGUGUGGAGUACCAUUCGUUUUUCCGUUUGUUCGACCAACCCCAACCCAAAUCCAAAGCCAUUUUCUUCACUAGAGGCUCUUCCUUCAGAUACAGUGGGAGGACCCAGAAGCAGCUUGUGGAGUAUGUCAGGGUGAAUGGAGCAAAGAGAACCCCGUACCAGAGGAGGAACAGUAAAAUCCGAAUGUCUGCUCGAUCCUUAGCAACAGAUGUGCCAAAACCGGGUUUGUCAUUCAAUGACAGUCUCAAGUCCAAAGGCCCCCCUCCCUCUACUUCGGUGUCCUUCCACCCAGCACAUAUCUCUGGCAUCCUCCCACGAGCAGAACUCCAACCUCAGCCCCAGCUGUUCCCCACACUGAACCAGUCUCCAGCACCUCCCCAGCAGCACCAGAACCAGCAACAGCAGCAGCUUCAGUCCCCCCUGCAAGCUACCCGACCCCCCAGCCCUCUGAAGGAAGAACCUGUCAAGCCUGCUUCCCCAUCUCACUACGCUUUUCAAGAUUCGGUCAUGGACAGCCCUCAGCUCUCACCCCUCACCUCCAAGGGUCCCCUGUGCCUCUUGACAUCCUUCCAGACGUCGAACCUCAGCCUGCCAGGCCAGGCCUCGCCACCCCUGCAAAGCUCCAUCCUGAGCGAGGUGGGCAGCAAUGCCAGGCUAGAGGAGGAGGAGGAGGGCAGGAGGAAGCGAUAUCCCAUCGAUAAGGCCUAUUUCAUUGCCAAAGAGAUUCUGACCACAGAGCGAACCUAUCUUAAAGACCUUGAAGUCAUCACUGUGUGGUUCCGCAGUGCUGUGAUCAAAGACAACGCCAUGCCCGAAGGCCUGAUGACCCUCCUCUUCUCCAACAUUGACCCCAUCUACGAGUUCCACCGAGGUUUCCUCAAAGAACUCGACCAGAGGCUGGCUCUCUGGGAGGGACGCUCUAAUGCUCAUGUCAAAGGGGACUACCAGAGGAUUGGUGAUGUGAUGCUGAGGAACAUGUGUGCUCUUAAGGAGUUCUCCAGCUACCUACAGAAGCACGAUGAGGUGUUGACUGAGCUGGAGAAAGCCACCAAGAGGCUGAAGAAGCUGGAGGCGGUCUACAAAGAGUUUGAGCUGCAGAAGGUCUGCUACCUGCCCCUCAACACGUUCCUGCUCAAGCCCAUCCAGCGCCUCAUGCACUACAAGCUCAUCCUGGAGAGACUAUGCAAGCAUUAUUCACCUGAACACAGAGACCACGACGACUGCAAGGAGGCUCUGAGGGAGGUGGCCGAGAUAUCCAUUCAGCUGCAGAGCAGUCUUAUCCGGCUGGAGAAUUUCCAGAAGCUAACGGAGCUCCAGAGAGACCUGAUUGGUAUAGAGAACCUAACAGCACCAGGAAGGGAGUUCAUUCGAGAGGGAUGUCUGUUCAAGCUCACCAAGAAAGGCCUGCAGCAACGAAUGUUCUUCUUGUUCUCAGACAUGCUCCUCUACACAAGCAAAGGUGUUACAGCGACUAAUCAGUUCAAAGUGCACGGACAGCUGCCCCUUCAUGGCAUGAUAGUUGAGGAAAGUGAAAAUGAGUGGUCAGUCCCCCACUGUUUCACCAUCUACUCUGCCCAGAGAACCAUUGUUGUGGCUGCAAGCUCUAGAGUGGAAAUGGGGAAGUGGAUCGAGGAUCUGAACAUGGCUAUUGACCUAGCCAAGAAGUCUCAAGAGAAAUCCAACAUCUUCCUCGAUGCUGAGCUCAGUGAUCGCUCCAACCGGUCAUCUGAUGAGGUUUCUCUGGAGCAGGAGUCGGAGGAUGACACGAACUCCUCCCGUACUUCACUGGAUAAGCAGACGCAUCACCGUGCCAACACAACCAUGCAUGUGUGCUGGCACCGCAACACCAGUGUAUCUAUGUCUGACCACAGUCUGGCUGUGGAGAACCAGCUGUCAGGUUACCUCCUGAGGAAGUUCAAGAACAGUAACGGGUGGCAGAAACUCUGGGUUGUUUUCACCAACUUCUGCUUGUUCUUCUACAAGACUCACCAGGACGACUUCCCGCUGGCUAGUUUGCCCCUGCUCGGCUACACAGUUAGCACUCCUGAGGAGUCGGACAGCAUCCACAAGGAGUAUGUCUUCAAACUGCAGUUCAAGUCCCAUGUUUACUUUUUCAGGGCAGAGAGCGAGUACACCUUUGAAAGAUGGAUGGAGGUGAUCAAGAGUGCGGCCAGCACUGCAGGCUGGAUGAGUCUGCUCGUGCCCAAAGGGGGGCCCACAGAGGUGAACGGAAACUGACUGAAACAUCAAGUAUCCAGAGGCUGGGCCUCUGGGAUGCCAGAAGGAGACUGUUUAGUCUGAAUGGAAGGUUUGACCAGUAUCACCUGGAGACUGGAAGAUAGUGCCAGUUUAACAUUUCUCUACUUAAUUCUAAUGGUCAUUUUUUUGAUUAAUGAUGUAAAUGAUGAGAUUUAUUCCAGUACACAGAAUAUAAUGAAAGGGAGUCAUGUACAUGAUUAUCUUUUUUUUUUUUUUUUUUUUUUUUGCAUGUGUAGUGCUCAGUUUGGCUGUGUAAUACAUACUGAUGGCACAGGAAACACUGUUUUAUGGGGACCAAAUCAUCAGAGGGCAUAAAUCCAAGCUUUUUGAGGGACAUUUCUCUUCAGCACAUGACAACUAGAGCUUUGUUUGGUACAGCAUGUGGAAAACGAAGGUACAAGCCAGUUUGUUCUCUUCAUUGUGCUUUGAAAGCACUAAAGGUGUGUGAGAUGAAUGUGAGCAAGAAGGUUCGCGGAAAUGAGUUUGAGACGUCAAUUGUAGAAGAUGCUUGGACAUUUUGAGGAAUUUGUGCUGCAGUUAGGACAAAGACACAACAAAUCCGGCUUCAGACAUUUAGCAAAGUGUACAUGUCGCAGGGUUUGAAGCGUGAACCUGUACGAGCAGAAUGUAUCAGGCUUUCUUUGCCUGGUAAAGUAAGGAUGCUCUAAAGGGGUGUUCCUGAGUAAUUAGGCAGCGUUACAGCCAGCUCAGUGCUACAUUUUGGUCUUUAAUAUAAUAUAAUUGAAUAGUUGUAACAGCUUGAGGAAAUGCUGUGCAGUGGUUACACUAGUGUUUACUCUGUAAAAGGUACAGACUUUCUACAAACAGAACAAACUUUGAAGUAAUUGUAUUUUGUGAUGUUUUGCUGAUGUCAGAUGUUAUUGACACUUAUUGCCAUUUAUUUAAUGUGCUUCAUGAAAAUAUAUGGAAAUAUUUGGCAUUUGUUUUAUGAAAACUGGAAUCUAUAC